AUGAUGCUGUCCUUGGUGUUGUUGCUCGCUACGUGCACUUGUUUAGUGAACUCCCUGCCUCCCCCUCAUCCUGAUGUUGAGGCUGUACGAAAGGAGGAAGAACUUUUGCACCCCCUACAAAGAAGUCAGGCACUGCGUAACCCACACUUAUUGAAGAUUUUGCCGCUAAGUAGUUUACUACAUGAAGGUGAAAAACUGGUAUUUGCACGCGACGCCCACGAUGUUUCACGGGAGGAAAUAUACAAAAUUCUCACGCACGCAGGUUUAAUUCCAAGGAGAUUGCGUCCGCACUCAUCAGAACCAACAGGUCUAAAGCACAACGAAGUCCUUGCAUUGUUUCCUGAAGAGCACUUAGACUUUGACGAGUCUCUUUAUUUACAGAAUCAGGAUCUGUUACAGUAUUUGUAA